CCCUCAACAAAGUUAAACACAAUACUACAAUACUCAAAAACAAGACAAAACAAAAUUAAGCAUUUCCAACACAACACAACCAUGAUGGCUCAUACUACAUCACCACCACCGGAUAAAACCGAAACCUCGUCAAGCCUCGCCACGCUGCACCCCGACAUCAUCCACGCGCACAUCCUCACGCGCCUCGACGGCGCCACGCUGGCCUCCGCUGCCUCCGUCUCAUCCCUCAUGCACCGCCUCUGCACCGAAGACGAUCUCUGGCGCCACAUAUGCACCGCCACCUGGCCCUCCUUGCAAGACCCCUCCGCCCGCCACGUCAUCUCCACCAUCCCCGGCGGCUACCGUUCCAUUUUCUCCGACGCCUUCCCUUCCCUCCACCACUUUUCUCUCCGCCCCCACCGCCCACCGCCGCCUCCGCCAGAGCUAAUCUCCGCCGUGGAUAUAUAUUAUCAGGGAAAACCUGUUUUCUCGCGCGUGAAACGCACCCAAACGCAGAAAAACUGGUUCCUCUCCUCGCCCCUCUGGCUAGACGCGCUCGAACCCAACGAGUUGAUUCCGACGACGGUGAAGUUUGCGAGGAAGGACGAGGAGUGGCUGAGGCAUUUCGAGGAGAACCUGAGCGUGAGCUGGAUAGUGGUGGACCCGGCGCAGGGGCGGGCGGCGAACGUGUCGAGCCGUGGGGCGGUGGCAGCGCGGCGGCACUGGCUGACGCGGGACUUGGAGGUGGUGUACGCGGCGGAGAUGGCGGGGGAGCGGCAGCAUGCGAUGGAGAGGGUGCAGUGUGUGGUGAAGGUCACGUGCUGCGGGAAGGUGGGCGGGGAGCUGCACGUGAGGGAGGUGAAUUUGGUGAUGGAGGACACGGAGGGGCGGCACGUGACUGGGAAGGAGGGUCUGGCCAUUCUGCAGAGGGCCAUGGAGUGCGGAGAAAGGAAGAGAAUUGAUCACGUGAGGGAUAAGGAGAGGUUUGAGAAUUUCACGUGCUUGAUGAAGGAGAAAAGAGAGUGUAAACGUAAGAGGGAGAAGGCAAAGGAUGUUGCUUCUACUUUGCUCGCUUUUCUUGCUCUUCUAUUCUUUUGCUUCAUCGCUGGAUCAAAGACCUAGCUAUACUAUACUAUCACAUUAACCAGAAUCAUUACACCAACACUUUAACAAAGCAAGUCAUCACAUCUCACAACAUAUGUAUUUUAGAUUUAGAUUUUUUAAUACUCAUAUAAAUUACACACUCCAUUUAAUAUUAUAUUUAUAUAUAUGUGAAGUUUCUUAUUCUUUUUACUCAUUAAUUUCCUUGUAAUGGGAAGGUGAAAUUUUACAUCUAUUUGGCUGUCAUGUCCUUCUCUACUUGUUGGGAAUUUUCAUUUUCUUGGUUGUAUCUUGUAUGCUUCUAGGAUGUUUCACUUAUGACUAGAUAUAAUAUUGUUGGUUCAAUUUUGGUGUAAUUUUUUGUGGAAUUUAAGUUGGACUUUUGCUUCA